AUGGACAGACACAGCAAGAUCGUCGUUGUUGGAGCAGGGGUCUUCGGACUGAGCACAGCCUUAGAGCUAAGCAGGACGGGGUACAAGAACGUAAUUGUCUUGGAUCGACAUGUGCCUCCGGUGCCAGCCGGGUCCAGUGUUGACAUCUCGAGGGUGAUACGGUUCGACUAUGGCGACCUGGCAUAUGCCAGACUCGCCAAAGAGGCCUUUGACCUAUGGAAUACACCACAGUACGAAGGAAUCUUUAACCGGUCGCCGUUCGUUCUUGUGGGCGAAGAUGAAAACGGUCGCGCGUUCAUCGACAGAUGCACCACGGGCCUGGGCCGGGCGUCACUAUCUUGGCGACGCCUGGAGACCGGCGAUGAGACCAAGAACCUCUUCCCUGUUCUGAGUGGACAAUUGACCCAAAAGGACUUCCACGCAUACUGCAAUUUUACCUGUGGAUGGGCCGAUUCACAGCUGGCCAUUGCAACGUUUCGGGACCGGUGCUUAGAAAACGGCGUGUCCUUUAUAUCCGGGAGUCGUGGGACUGUUCCUGGCUUUCAGACGGAUCCCCAGACAGGAACAAUCACGGGCGCGAAGACCAAAUCAGGAGACCUCGUUCAGGGCGAUGUCUUUGUUCUGGCCACGGGUGCGUGGACGUCAGGACUUGUAUCCAUGCACGACUCCAUUCUCGCCACGGGCCAGGUCGUCGCCUUCAUCAAGUUGACGGAGACCGAGGUCGACAGGUACGGGAAAUUGCCCAUCUACAUGAACUUCUCUACCGGCUGGCUGUCGUUUCCUCCUCAUCAGAACUCGGGAUACAUGAAAAUCGCACUCCAUGGCUGGGGCUACACCCACACGGCCGAUGCAGACCACACGCGUCGUGCCAACUUUGCCCCUGCCGACGGCCUCGAACGGGUCCGGCAAGGGCUUCGAUCUGUUCUCCCAGAACUCGCCUCUCGGGAGUUCGACCGGGCUGCCGUGUGUUGGUACACGGAUACACCAAGCGGAGAUUUUAUCGUCGACUCCCACCCAGAUUACCCGAACCUUCUGGUUACCACGGCGGAAACGGACAGUAAUGGAUUCAAGUUUCUCCCGGUCAUUGGCAAGUACACCACUGGCGCCCUACACGGAACUCUUCCCGAAGAACUGAGGCAGAAAUGGCGGUUUCGGCGAGAGUAUGAAAAUGCAAAAGGAGACCCGAUCAAAGGCGAUGGCAUUCGGCGCGGCCCUGCACGGAGAGAGUUCUUGGCGACAGAGCGUGCAAAACUAUAG